AUGGGUUCCGACGGCAAUAAGGACGAUUCCUCCUCAAAUCCCUUUGUUCAAUUUAAGCACCAUGUCGAUUCCAACGUUUCAUUCGGGUUCAACACAAUGAUCGGUAAUCAGCGUGGUGGCUCUUCCGUAGCCGCUCAACCAGAAAAUCAAUACCAGCCCAGCGCUGGAGAAGCUUUAAGCCUCAGAUCUGUUCUAUUUUCGCAAUAUUCCCCUGCUGCCCUCAGACAACUCCCACGGCCCGUACCAAAUGAUAUCCCCGAUGACGUAGACCGAAGCACCUUUACCUUCGAAGAUGCCUUUGAGGACUUGCUCGCUAUCUCCCAAGGGCAAGACCUGCCCGAGAUGACGCAAAAACUUCAACAGAAGAACCUCCUUCAGAAAAUGUUUCCGGAGGGAGAGCCCUUCUGGUUCUGGCAUAGAAGACUUCGAGCCUCGGGCCUGCUUGGGAGCUACACCACAGAUCACAAAUAUGUGGACCAACCAGACUGGGACGGCUUCCAUCAGGAGCUAGACCGGAAGGCAGAGGAUGUUUGGGGACGCACUGUGCUUGGUCCAUUGCAGGCUAUCAAGGCCAUCGGAAACAUCUGGGACGAGAUUGAGCGAUCGGCCGACGACUUUGAUCGUUAUGUUAAGGACAAGGGGUGGGACAACCGCCAGAUUGCCAACCCCGAUACCUUCGAUGAGCUGUUUGAGUCAAUCCAGUCGGCCUACAAUUCUGGCCAAAGAUCCUGGGAUACUUUUAUGAAGACUAUCACUGAUAGCCAAACUCCAAACGAUCAGGCACAGGCCCCAGAGCCGCAGAAUAAGGUGAUCGAGGACCGCAACGAGUAUGUUGAUAGGUUUGGCUACGUCCAUAGCAAAGUUACGCGCAAGGAACUCGACAGUGAUGGGAACGAAGUCAGCAGCUCGACCAGCUACCAGAUUUACCCUGCUCCCAAGGACAAGAAUCCACAAGAACAAGGUAGUCAUGAAGAAGAGGAUGACAAAAAGAAGGCUGGAUGGUUUUGGAAAUAG